AUGCAGAGAGGGCCCAAGCGGAUCCAGAAUAAAGCCGUGGUGAAUGAAAGUCCUACAGAACGACUAGUGAAGGAACUCAAGGCAGAAAUGCCAAAACUAGUUCUGAGACUAAGCCGACUGGGCCAAGAAGGCCAAGAGCUGCGGCGAUUGUUGACUCAUAAUGAGCUGCAGAUUCGAGCCAUUCAGACGUUGUGGGAACAACAUCUCCAAGAGGCCCUAAAAGACUGGGAGAAUCAGUAUGCAACUAUAACACAGGAGCGAAGGAUGAUGCAGAUGCAUCCGUACAUAAUGAACAUCAAUGAGGAUGCUCAACUGUCUGGCGUCGUGAAGCUCUUCAUUCAGGAAGGUGAAUGGGAUAUUGGUCUGGCGGACAAUUCCCCCAGAUCGCUCUGCAUCAGGGGUUUAGGAAUUCAGGGACAAACAUGCUGUUUUCUCAACCAGCAAAGGAGAGUAUCAAUUACUCCUGUGGCCGGGUCAAAGGUCAUUGUGAACGGCGUGCCAGUAUCUAAGAGGAUAGAGCUGCAGCAUUUGGAUCGACUCGUCUUGGGUUCGAACAGCACUUACCUGUUUAUUGGCUUCCCUUUGGAGCGUUCAGGAGAGGACUGGAGUCGUUAUGAUUAUGAUUAUUUCCAGUCUGAGCUGGCAGCGGCCGAGGGCUUCCACAUUCAUUUAGGCUUUUCAUCUAAUGGGCCACACCAGCCUGACCCCAGUCUACUGGCUGUGUUUUAUGACUAUAUAAAGCUGAUGCCUAUGGUGACAGAAGCUAACCAAAUGAGUAAAGAGUUAAAGAAGGGAGUUGAAUUCAAAUUGGAAAUCAAGAACCUGGCAAUGUCAGACUCUAAGGGUCAUGACCUGGAGAAAGACAUUGCAGUGAGAGUGACAUCUGUGGAGAGCAAACAGGUAUGGAUGUGGUCCAAAGCCAAAUUUGUCAACCGUAAGUUUCUGAUGGAGGAGGUGUACCAGCAGCAGGUGGUAGGAGGAGAGGGGGCAGACCGAGCUCCUCUUCCCAGGGACAGAGAUCCGUUCUGGGAUCCUCUGGAGCCCUUGCACCUGGGUAGCGCUCACCUUUGGCUGCAGUCUCUGGCGUUCCGCAUCCCUCUUGAGGAGCAGGUGGACGUGGUGGGUCCGGAAGGAACAGAGGAGGCCAUACUGCAGGCACAGCUGGUACCCUGCAGCCCAACAGGAUUGCCCCUGGGAGAAGACGACAUCCUUAUUGACCCGUCAGAGCUGCUUGGGAAACGACUGGACUUCCAGCUGGUUUUGGAUCAGUGCUGUGGUCUACGCUGGGUUAAAGAGGCCCGGAACCGAGGCGUGCAAAUCGGGUUUCAGGUGUUUGACUGUCCACAGCCUCUAUACACUCCAGCGGUGUGGCACAACGUGAACCCUCUCUUGGAUCACAGAAUCCAGUUCACUGCUCUGAGAACCUCUCAGGAACUGCUCAACUUCCUCCAGAGCAAUGCCCUGGUGCUGGAGCUGUGGGGCCUGCAGGAAGGAUGUUCUGAAUUAGUCUCCAGCAUGGAUGGAGUGAAGAUGACUCAAGAGGACAGCAUAAUUAUUGACAAGAUUAAUGCAUCAGAACACUUGACUGCAGAAACUGGAGGCUCUGACCUCAGCUCAUCUCUUCGAGCCCUUCAUCAGGACUUGGAACAGCUGAGAAAUUCUAACGCAGCACUAAGGAAAGAAAACAGUGCUCUGAGAGAGCAACUCAACUCUGCCAGAAAUGGUGUGGAGAAUAACCGCGGUCGGCAGGAACGCAGAGGCAGUCUCAGGCCCAGCUGUGAUGCUGAGUUUGCCAAAGCCUUAAAAGUGUUCUACCACAGCAUGACCUCUGUUAGGGGGCAACUUCAGCGGCUGCGCAGACACAAACCCAGUGAGGAAGCAGACCUGCUAGGUCUCAGACUGUUUGUGGAUGAACAUACGUACCUCCUGAAGGACUUCUCUGAACAGCUGGAACAGUGCGUCACCACUCUCAAACAGGAUGUGGCUGCCAUUGUACGUCGAAAACGAGAAAAGUCUGGGAUUUGGUCCUGAUCAUCUUGAUUCAAGGUUGACAAAGAAUUAGAUUCAUGAAAAAGACUUACUGUAGUAUUUGCAUUUCUUUCUUUUUCUUUUACUAUUAAUGUUCUGAUUUAGACUCUUUAGUCUUCAGAGUGCAUUUAGAACAGGACACUACCUAUUAUUUUGAAACGGUUAAAUGCGUUAUGUGAGAAUUUUUUGUUUAUGGGAAUAUUCUGAUUACUUGAUACAUUUGUCAGAAUGUUUUCAAAUAGAGUGCACUUCACUGAAUGUUAUAUCCCACAAUUCAAUACACUCAACCAUUAAAUUCAUUAAUUUGACAAAUUAACCACAAUAGAACUGUCAACCUUGACUGGAAGUUUUGACUCGUUAUUUGUUAGGCUGGGUAUUGAUACAAAUUUAUUCAUUUCGGGUACAGUACAUUUCAGAAAAAUCUCAACUAAUGCUGCAAAUAAAGUCUGUUGGUACAUUACUAUAAUAUUAAAGGUUCAAAUUAACAACCGAUUUAUAUACAAACAUAUAAAUUGUACAUUUUUGUUUUUGUAUUAAUAAAUGUAUAAUUAUUUUU